ACCUGACCGUGAGAGGGGUAGAGUAUUUAACUGACGGGGCGAGGCGAGGCGAGGAUGCGAGCUCUCGCGGCAGCAGCAACUGCAGUGGCGGCGCCUACCCCCGCGCGCCUCCGUCUCCGCCUCCCGCUCGCCCCCCGCCCCCCGCGCUCCGGUCACUGUAGAGCAGCUUCUUCCUCCAGGCUUCUGCGGUUACCCUGCAGCGCCACCACCAUGGGAGAUGAGACAUCGACAUCGGUUCCCGCCCAGGGGCAGGAACCUGCUGUUGGUGCUGGGAGUGUCAAGCAACAGCUUUCCAGGCUGGUCAUUUCGUCCCUCCGGGCUACGGUCCCUGAAGUGGAGGUAGAACCAAUGGUUGAAGUUUCAGCAAAGUUUGCUGACUACCAGUGCAACAAUGCUAUGGGAUUAUGGUCAAAGAUUAAAGGAUCUGGAACAAGUUUCAAAAACCCUAAUGCUAUUGGACAGGCCAUUGCAAAGAACUUGCCUUCCUCUGACAUUAUUGAGUCCACAUCUGUUGCUGGACCUGGUUUUGUGAAUAUUACCUUAUCAAACAGCUGGGUUGCAAAGAGAAUACAAGACAUGCUUGUCAAUGGUAUCAAUACUUGGGCACCUAUUCUACCAGUAAAGAGGGCAGUGAUUGAUUUUUCAUCACCUAAUAUCGCAAAAGAAAUGCAUGUUGGGCAUUUAAGGUCUACAAUUAUUGGAGAUACAUUAGCACGCAUGUUUGAGUUCUCAAAUGUUGAUGUUCUGCGGCGAAACCAUGUGGGAGAUUGGGGUACACAGUUUGGGAUGCUCAUAGAGUAUCUGUUUGAAAAAUUCCCAAAUUGGCAGGAAAUAGGUAGCCAGGCCAUUGGUGACCUCCAGAUUUUCUAUAAAGCAUCCAAGAAUAGGUUUGACAAUGAUCCUGAGUUUAAAGAGAGGGCUCAACAAGGAGUUGUUCGGCUACAGGGAGGGGAAGAGAAAUAUCGAGAAGCAUGGAAAAAGAUUUGUGACAUCAGCAGGAGCGAAUUUGACUUGGUGUACAAGCGCCUAAAUGUGGAGCUUGAAGAAAAGGGGGAGAGUUUCUAUAAUCCUUAUAUACCCAAAGUGCUGGCGGAAUUGAGUAGCAAAGGAUUGAUCCAGGAGAGUGAGGGUGCUCAAGUAAUAUUUAUUGAAGGUUAUCAGAUCCCUUUGAUUGUGGUUAAAAGGGAUGGUGGGUUCAACUAUGCCUCAACAGAUUUAUCUGCUCUUUGGUAUCGGCUCAAUGUUGAGAAGGCAGAAUGGAUAAUAUAUGUAACAGAUGUUGGCCAGCAGCAGCACUUUGAAAUGUUUUUCAAAGCUGCAAGGAUGGCUGGUUGGCUCCCAGAUCCAAAUGAAAAGAAGUUUCCAAAAACGAGUCAUGUUGGAUUUGGUCUCGUUCUUGGGUCAGAUGGCAAGCGCUUCCGCACUCGUAGUACUGAGGUUGUUCGAUUGGUAGAGCUGCUUGAUGAGGCUAAAUCUCGGAGUAAAUCAGAACUACUACAGCGGCUUACUGAAAAUGGUAAAAUUGUUGACUGGACUGAUGAGGAAUUAGAACAAACUUCAGAGGCAGUUGGAUAUGGCGCCGUGAAGUAUGCUGAUCUGAAGAACAAUCGGCUUACCAAUUACACAUUUAGUUUUGAACAGAUGCUAAGCGAUAAGGGAAAUACUGCUGUGUACCUUCAGUAUGCUCAUGCUCGCAUUUGUUCCAUUAUUCGGAAAUCCAACAAGGAUGUGGAAGAGCUGAAAAUGAGUGGAGCCAUUUGUCUUGACCAUCCAGAUGAGCGUGUCUUGGGGCUGUAUCUGAUCCGAUUUGCAGAGGUUGUUGAAGAGGCUUGCACAAAUCUCCUUCCAAAUGUUGUGUGUGAAUACUUGUACAAUCUAUCCGAAAUGUUCACAAAAUUCUAUACCAACUGUCAGGUGGUCGGGUCACCGGAGGAGACAAGCCGGCUGCUGCUUUGCCAAGCGACUGCCGUUGUCAUGCGUCAGUGCUUCCAGCUGCUCGGAAUUACACCGGUCUACAAGCUGUGACCGGCCCUGUGUUCAGUUUAUCUUCGAAAAUCAGUUCACGUAGAAACCUUAUUCAUCAUGGUUGCAGUUUUGGUCUUGUAACCUAGUCCAGGCAGCUAACAUACUCUAAUCCACUGCCCGGUUUGAAAGCCGAAGGGAUUCAAGGUUGUAGCAAAAUAUGCUUGCAAAGAAUUGAUCUCUUGCAUUUGUUUUUUGUUUGUCU